AGAUAAGCGUAAACAAAUUCUUCGAAGGUAUAUUUAUAAUAAUUUUCAAUUAAAUUAAGUAUUUAAUAUCGAUAAAACAUGUCAAAAUCCGCACACGUAGUGGACGGUGAAGCUUCAGAGUCAGACUCGGAAAUAGAAAUAGCUAAAUCACCUGACUCCAUUCGGUCUACUUCUAAAGCAUUUGUGAUCAGCGGAGAAGCUCCAGAAUCUGAUGAUGAAUCAAAGCUGCCAUCACCAUGUGAUGAUACUGAGUUAGAUUCACCUCUACAAGUAUCUAUGGCACCGCAGACACCAACAAAGAUGUUGUACAAUUCUCUACUACAUCAGAAGUUGUGGGAAUGCAAUGUAUCAUUGCGAGCUACAUUGGAAGGUCUAUUAAGACAUACAACAGAUAUAUCCGUGGAGAAAUUGACAAAAACUGACAAGAUGUUGCUUACAGUACAAGAAAGCAUGAGAGCAACUAAUGCUAAUUUAACUCUAGCUAAAGCUCGGCUCAAACAACUGCAAGCUGAAUUAGAGAAAGCUAACUGUAGUAAUGUGUUGCCAACUAUAAAAAUUAAAUAGAUUAUAUAAUAAAACUCAUAGAACAAAUUGCAUGAGCGAUAAUUUAAGUUAAUUUAGUAAAGAUUUAAAGAAGGGAAAUGAAAAGAAUUGUGUAAAUAGCGAAAGGAAAUAGUUUAACACACACGUCAAGAAGAUUUGACAUUUAAGAAUAAAAAAAACAAACAUUUUAAAAUAUUCUAAAUUCAAAAAUAUAAGAAAAUAUGCAAAAGGAGGUCGGAUUGCAUCGGCGACAACUGUUUUUUUAAUU